GCGGUCGAUGGUAUAUGGAGUGUUGUUUAUUUAUUGUAGAAAGAUUAAAAAUACCAUUAAGGAAACGUCCUUUGAUGUUGAUAAUCAUAUUAUUUUAUAAAAUGAAAAUAAAAUAUGUGCUUUUAAUUUCUUGCUUCCUUGGUUUUCUGGGCACGGAAGGAAAAAAAGAUAUAGUGGUAAAAGUGAAAGGCAGUGAAAUAAAUAUUGGAGUAUUAGGUGGUUCUGAAGUCAAAACUUUUUUCUUUUCAACGGACAUCGGUGAAAAGUGCGGCCCCGAUUACACCUUUGUCCAGAGCCAAGAUAAAAAUGGAACAUUUGAAUUUAGGAUUGAUGUAAAAAAAAAACUUUUUAAAGAUGAUCCGCUCCGAAUUUUAGGAGUUUUCGAAACUGAAAAUGAAGUAAUAACGGAAACGUACGACCUAAUUAUUGGUAGCCAUGGGGAAGGCAUCGAAAAAGGAAAUUGCUCUUGUGAAAGAUCACAGACAGAAAUGUUUUCUAAAACCCAAAAGUGUGCGGGUGCUCUAAUUUUCAAGGAAGAUUUUGAUCUGAAUUUUUCCAAUUGGACACAUGAGCAACGGUCACGAAUUUAUGAUUCAGAAAACGAUCGUGAAUUUGUGGCUUUUAUGAAUGAUCCAAAAACAAAUUAUAUAAAAGAUGGUUAUUUGCACAUAAUAGCGAGAUGGGCUAAUUAUACGAAUUCUAAACCAUUUGUUAUAGAUGGAUGCACAACCAUAAAAGAUAUAGCAAAUCAGAAAAAGGAUUGUGGGCCACUAUUACGAAUACCAUCGACGUUACCACCUGUGCACUCAGCCAAACUGCACACUUUAAAAAAGUUUCAAUUUAAAUAUGGCCGAGUAGAAAUACGUGCUAGGAUGCCGAUAGGCGAUUGGUUAUUUCCUUAUUUAAUUUUGCAACCUGCGAGCUACCACAGUGAAGAUAUUUAUGUCAAUCAAUUACGUAUUGCGUUUAGACGCAGCAACGCACUGUUACAAAAUAAGAACGCAAUUCCUAUUAGUGGAAGCCGACUCUUUGGAAGCGCUGUGAUUUGGACGUCAAACAAACACUCGGAAUAUGUGGUAUCUAAAAUAUACCCAGCACACAAAUCACUAAGCAAUAGUUUUCACAAUUACACAUUAAUUUGGCACAGUGAUCGGUUAAUAUAUAAGGUGGAUGGUCUUACAUAUGGCACAAUAUCUAAUCCAAAUGUUCUUAAUGUGUUCAAUUCAAAAGAGUGUUAUAUUGUGUUGGGUCUAUCUGCAGCCGGAAAUGUUAACUUCCCAGAUGAAAAUAUGAUGUCUAAGCAUAAGCCGUUUUUAAAUAAUGAUACUAAGGGCCCAUAUAAGUUUGAACUUCAUACUAAAAAGGAAACUUGGAUACAACCCAAUUUGCUGAUUGACUAUGUUCACGUUUACUCAACUCAUGGAAAGGAGGAGUAAGAGUUAA